AUGGAUUUUUUACGUACAACCACAGUAGAAACAGCAGAGAAAAUUACACCAACAAAAGUAGUAUCAUCGAUGAGAACAAUGAGCACAGAAAAUGAUACCGCUCACAGAGAUUUUGAUCCACAUAUAAUUGAUGAUCAGUCCUCAACAUAUAACUCCAUUCCUUCAAAUUCUACGUCUGCAUCGUCUACAUCAUCCACAACGAUGUCACCUCAACUGCAAUUAGAAUUGCUGGAUAGCUUAGACGAGUUACCUACGGAUUUUUCAAUUAAAUCGGAUGAAUUUUCUCCAGCUCCAAGAACUACGCAGCAAAUGGAUACGAUUCAGUUGACCUCCGAUACAGAGCAACAGUUACACCAACAGGUGCUCCACCAUUUAGGAUUAAGCUUAGCUCUAGAAGACACUACUGAUUUGGUUUAUCCAAUAUACAAUGCAAUAAUGGCACAUGAGAGUGAUGAAACUAUGAAAAUUGGCGAAUGUGUAGGUACUGAUGUGCAAUUUUCGCAUGUCUCUUUAUCUUCGCCAAUUAACGCAAACUUUAGCAAUCCUGUCGGCGACGACGAUGAUAACGAUGCUGAUAAUUUAAUAAUGCGCUAUCUGAGCGGUUCAUUGGAUACUCCAGCAAUAUUUCUGCCCGACGUUCAAGUAUCAUCACCUUCAUCUAGUACUUGUCAAUCACAUAAUCAGGAACAAACACAGUCAUUGUCUAGAAGUGAAUUAUGUGAAACAAUGUUGUCACCUGCUCAAUUCCCGUUGAUGUCCCCAUUAUCCACGUCAUCUUUUAUAUCUCAUGAUUCAUUUGAAGACUCGCAGGUGCCUAUGAUAAUGCACCAGUUCCAUCAACAACCACAAGCCAUUCAAAAUUCAUCAAUUUUAGCUGCUGAGAGAAUAACUGCGUUUUCACCAACAAAUGUAGAUUUGAUGGACCCGGCCACUACAGAUACUUUCAUGAGCACAAAACCUACAAAUAAUAAGAACACUGAUAUUUGCUUAAGAUUGGAGUAUAAGUUUCAAAACCAGCAACUAGUCCAAGUACAGCCUCCUACCGUGGUAGCAAUGAAUGUUCUAACGCCAGUACUUGCAACUCCCUUAAUGUGUUAUGCUCAAAUGCCUAUAUCAACUAGCAUGCAUGUGAACAGAUCGGAAGUGGACAACGCUGAUCUCACAUUGUUGUCUUCGCCGUCGUCGACAUCGAUUGCUUCUGAUCUUUUAGAUCGUCAGCAACAUAACCCAACAGAUAAUAACUUGAAAGAAAGUUACGUGGAAGUAAAUAAUCAACCCGAUGAACUUUCAUUAUGUAUACGCCCCGGUGCCUUGCACAAACAGAAAGGAGAGCCAACUCAUGCGACAGUUACUACUUUCGAGAACUCGGACGAUGCGCUUGGUCGUUAUAAUUGUAACUAUGAAAACUGCAACCGCAGCUACAGCACUAUUGGAAAUCUACGUACGCAUCUAAAGACACACAAAGGUGAAUAUCGCUUCAAAUGCACUGAAGAUAGCUGUGGCAAAGCUUUUCUUACGUCUUACAGCUUAAAGAUUCAUAUUCGGGUGCAUACCAAAGUGAAACCUUAUGAAUGCGAAGUAACGGGAUGUGAAAAGGCUUUUAAUACGCGCUACAGAUUGCAAGCCCAUUUGAGGUUACAUAACGGUGAAACAUUCAAUUGUGAGAUAUGUCAAAAGUGCUUUACCACUUUGAGCGAUCUGAAAAAGCAUAUGCGCACCCAUACGCAAGAGCGGCCAUAUAAAUGUCCUGAAGAUACUUGUGGCAAAGCUUUUACAGCUUCGCAUCAUCUUAAAACGCACAUUCGCACACACACCGGCGAACGACCAUAUCCAUGUGAGGAGACUAGUUGUCAGAAGUCUUUCAGCACUUCCCAUAGCUUAAAAUCCCACAAGAAAACACACCAGAAACAACGCAAUAGGCGUCAAAGUAAUCCGCUCAACAAUAAAGAACGCCGCUUAAAGAUAAAAAAAGAGCGUAAGCCGUCGUUGUUAAUAGAGAAUGGCGAAGGAAAAAAAGUUAUCAAAGUGGAAAGUGAUAGCAGCGGCUACAAUGAGGAACACACAUCGAACGGUGAGGACGAAAGAGAAGAAAACUCAUGUAUAGGAAGUGUGACUGGUGAUGGCAGCCUACCAUCGCUUAACACUGACAGUUUCAUCAAGUCGGAGGCAGUUGAAUAUAACACCGCCAAUUUAUUUGCUGUGCAAAUGCCAGAAGUGAAGCACACAAUUCUACCUACUCUAGCGCCCAAACUUGAGUCAUUAUCUCUUCCAGAAACGUCGCAAGCGCUGCAAUUAGCAAUCGCCGCCGAAGAGGAAAUACCUGCGCCUUGGAUGAACGCAGGUGUUCUAAUUUCGAAACCAAUUAUACCGAUGGCGCCAGUAACCAACGCAUGUGUAGCACUACCCACUGAAGUGCCAAGCUUUGUGGAUUUACAACAAAGCUACGGCAAUUAUGGCAAAGCAGAAGUUGCAAUUAUGAGCAAUACUGAAUCAAUAUUAAACACUGGCAUGCCAACCUUACCCGAAUCUAGCGAUCCCUGCGAUUAUUUGGGUAUCAGUGAUCAUUGCACAUACAAAACAGCGGUUGAAGAUUUAUCGAACACACCCACAAACCAAAUGCAAACGAUGCCAGAGACACACAUGGAUAUCGAAUUUAAUAAUAUUGCAACAACGGUGGGAGCAAUAGGAGUAGGGGAGGCGAUUGCCGUAGAUCAGUCGAUAGAUAUGAUGCCAACACAGGAGAGUAUUGAAGAACUUUUGAAGGAUGAUAUGCAAUAUAAUAAUGACGCAGAAGAUAUGGAAACUGAAUCGCUACUGAAUGAAAUAUUGAUGACUAUCGAUAACAAUACACGUCUGCUGCAGGAGACAUUACAACAGGCAAAGGAAGUGCCGGAAGACGCAAUGGGUCUAAUUGAAGUUGAUUUGAGAAGCGACAAACCAACCUUAAAGCAAAUAACUGCAGAUGCUGGCAUAUGUGGUUGCACUAAUUGCAAAUGCGACCAAACACAAGAUUGCCAAGGUGGUUGCACUAAUGAGACGCCUUGUGGCAAAAAAGGAAAUGGUACACAUAAAUGCUGCCAACACCAUCAUAAACAUCAGCAACGCUCGCAAAACGUCCCAACUCAAAAAUUGGAAAUGGACACAAAUGCAAAACCAAAAAAUGUAUAUCGUGGUAAUGAUUGCUGUAGCAAUAAAAAAGAGCGCUCCGCAACGAAACGUGAAGCAGACAUCAAUCAAAAUAUUGAAGAUGUAGCCUUACUGUUACAGAACUUAGCUGCCAUGGGCGACGGUACUAGAAGCAGUUGUUGCGGUGGCGGUAAAAACACUGCGGGAGGUUGCGGUGCAUCUAAUAAGGUCAAAUCAACUAGUCAAAUAAGUUCAGCAGACGUUAAUGUCAGUAGUUGUUGCGCUAAUAAAUCGGCCGCAGUUCCUAAAGCGCCUACGGCCACAAACGCCGCCACAAGUGCACCACCACCAAAAUCACUUAAAAGUGCUUCUUGCACAUGCAAGAGUCCGGCUGAAGGUGUUGCUAAUGGCUGCUGCGUUAUCAUUUGCACCAAAACUCUGCAAGCUUUGCGUCGCGUAUUGACCCGAAAAAAUCUUAACUUGAUGGUGUGCCCGCAAAGCCAGAACUGCACUUCUACAAUGACAAAUAAAUAAAUGCAUUAUUACCAAAUUACUUAAUAUACGAUAAAUGGGCUAAACAUUUUUCAAAGAUUUAACAACCUACGCAAGUCUGAAAAAUAUUUGUUUUUUAAUCAAAAUUAUCUGGAUUAACCGCUUCAUUAUAACUUUAAUACUGUUUAACCAAGUAUGCAUAUUUUUACAAAACGUAAGUAAAUAAAAAAUACAAAAAUUAAAUUUAAUUCCUAAAAUUAAAAAAAAUAAUUGACUCAACUUUGUUAAGCCACAAAACUAAAAUUUCAAUUAGUAAUUAUUUUUUAAACUAAUCGCCUUUACAAAAUAAAUUUAUCGAUCUACACAUCCGCCAUUUUCCCUGGGAGUUACCCAUUUCACCCUUAAUCGAAGUGAGUACUCCGUAGUAUUCGAAAACAAUAUUGUUUUAAUAUUAGUUUGGGGAAAAAAUGCAUUAUUUUUGCGUAAAAAUUUUGGGCAAAUAGUUUAAAAUUGGUCGAUCUUUAGCUCCUGGGCGAUGCUACGACUAUUAAUAUGCCGAUUAUCUGCGAUUAUUUCUAUGAUUUUAAUAUUUUGUUUAACAUCAAAAAUGCCUGAACGGAAUCGAUGAAACCAAAAUUGCUGUUACAGUAUCAGCACCAUAAACACCAUUCACAAUUUCAGCGACCUGGCUAGCAUUUUCGCCUCGAAUUUUCUCUUUGUUGACUUCCAU